AUGGAAUCUGAGAAUAGUUUCAAUUCAGAAUACUCAUUUCAAAAAGAACCUGUUGAUUUGCAAUUGGCUACUCAUCAUGAAGAAACUGAAACUAUAUUACCACAAAAGGAUCUAGCAUUGGAACCCAAAGAAAAGACUGAGGAAGUAGAAACCACUGAAAAAUCAACACAGCCAGAAUUAGUUCUUUCAGUGGAUAAACCAAACUUCAAAACAAGUGAUGAUGAAGAUGACGAUGAUGAUAACUGGGGCUACAAUAGUCAAAACUCUAGUAAUGAUGAAAAAGAAGUUCUUGGUGUUCGUGGAGAAAAUUCAGCAUCAGAUAUAGAUUCUUUUAUUGAUAAUUUGAAUAAAGUCUAUAGUGGAGACCCUUCUGGGGAAGUUUUACCACCAAUAGAUCAUGAUUUGUCAUUGCCAGAUUUUGAAAACACGUCAUUCAGUAAAUAUGAGGACGAUGAAGAGAAUUAUAGUCCUAUCAAGCCUUUGUCUAUUUCCCAGCAAAAAGAAGCUCAUGAUGAUUACUUGAGUUCCUUUUCGGGAAGAACACAAUCAGUAAGGAAGCCACCAAGACAUUCUACUAUUUUUACUGAUGAUUUCUCAGGUAUCGCCAGUGAUGAAACUGAAAAUGCGCCAGAGGAGCAAAAGGAUGAUUCUAUUUCGGAAAAUUCUGUUCCAGAAGUUGUCCAAACAAAUGAAUUCGAACUUGAACAAAACGAAUUGGGUGGUAAUAAUAACUCUGACUUGGCUCCGCCAGAACUACAUCCAGUGGCCUCCUCAGGAUCAUUGUCAACUGGUAAAUUAUCUAUGGACACUGCAUCUCAGAAACAACAAGAAUCACAAGACGAAGAAAGUAUAACAAAAGAUAUUAAGGAUGCUAGAAGAGUUUCAACACUGAGUAAUGCUACUUUCAAUUUAGGUGGUUGGGCCCCUAAUACUGAUAAUUUCCGUAAUCAAUUCAUAGGUGAGAAUGAUAGUGAGUCCAUAAACUUCAACACCGAUCGAAGUGGUUAUGAUAAAUUUACAAAAGUGAGGACAGAAUCGACACAAGAGGAAGACAAUGCCAAUGCUAGUUUACCUUCAAUUCCUGAGACCAUUGAUGCAGUUAUGCCCAGUAUUCAAGAAGAUGGUGCCAGUGACGAAGAAGAGCAGGAUGAUGGUGAAGAGAAAAAUGAUAUUCAAGAUUAUCAUGGCGAUUCUCAUUCAGUCUUGCCAACAAUGACCAUGUCGUCAAAAUCUGAUUCGGUGUUGAACGAACAUUUUUAUCCUAAACCGUUAUUCAAAGAAGAAAGAUUAACUCCUGCUGCUUCAAAAGAAGAUUUAUUACCCCAAAAGUAUAGCAGCUUGUUGCCUUCAGAAAAUAGAAGAGCUUCUGAUAGUUCAGAUGUCACUGCAAGACAAAGGUCUGAAUCAACAUCUACUGUCACCACUAAUUCUACGGUUCAAGUGACACCCAAAGAGUUGGUCCCUGGUAAAUACCCUGUUUCAGAUUGGAAAAGUAUUGUUACCAUAUCACAACCUGUUGACAGAAUCGCUGCUUUUAAGGAUGCAUUACAUAAGGAACAACAAUACGAUAGUAAGUUGACGAGUUGGUUACAUUAUGCAUUGAAACGACUGCCCAAUACAAGCACAAACUUACUGAUUGGUAGGGUUGCGUCUCAAGCGUAUCAAAAUGCUGAGCACAACGAUCUUCGGAGACAUGCUUCAUUUAGAAGCAGAGUCAAUAUCGUCAAAGACAAGGUUGAAGGUACGGGAUCUUUUGGUAAAAAGUUGUUCAGUCGUAGUAAGAAGUUUAUUAAAUCUACCACAGGUGAUAAAUAG